AUGGCAAUCUUGGGGCAGGCUUCUUCACUAGCACCGGAUGUAGUAUUCUCUUCGAUUUCCUUGUUCGUGAAACUAGAGGUCAGAAAGUACCGUUGUGCAACGAGUUCUGCUAACCGGGUCGAAACCGAAAAUAGAAGUCUGCAUGUUGGAAGUAGUCAGAACAAAAUGUCUGCGUUUAGAUAUGUUCGUCCGAAUCUGUUUACGCUAGGCAUGUUAACUCUCAUAAUAGGGUUUUCUACUUCGAACUGGCGAACAUUUACUGUGAACAGUUCGGACAAUGUAACAUAUAUCGGACACGAGGGUCUGUGGCAGAAAGUUCUCUCCAAUGACAGUGUAUCCUGCUCGGGGUAUCUCGGCUAUCAUACAGAUUCUCAUGCCUUGAACAGCCUACAUACUGUAAGAAAUCUAUUGGCUGUUGCCAUAGGAACGUCUUUCCUACUCCUGAUAGUCUGUAGUUUAACACUGUGUCUGCAGGAUGACGACAAUGACGACGAGGAAAUCCAUGCAGGAUGUGCAAAAUGUCUCUACCGCGCACUGUUUGUGUUCAUACUAUUAAUAUUGGUUUUAGUUCUGGCGGGGAUAUUGAUGUAUGACAAACACGCCGAUAUCAGCAGUGCUGGAGAAUUCGGGCGGAAGAAAUCCUGGUCGGUUGUUGCGAUGAUCGUUUCUCUGGUUUUCUUUGGCCUGUCAGUUCUUGUGUGUGAUCAGAGACUGUUAAAUGUAAAAAAGACGUUCCCUUGGUUGACAGUGAUUGGUGUUGCAUUGUUGGUAAGGUACCUGUAUGAUAUGAUACCGGAACAGCGCCGCUGCCGACACGUUAUACUUUGGUGUCUUCACGUCGCCAUAACGACGCUGUUUAGCGUUGGUCUAUUCGGCUGUACCUGGUUCAGCAUGUCCAGUACACGGGACAGUAAUGUGACGGUUGACAUGGCAAUGUGGUUCCAGUGUCGUUAUCAGUAUUCUCUUACAUGUUGUAGUGGUACAACUUACUUUUACACAGAUAUACCAGGCUGGUUUUUCACCUGUCGAGAUAUCACCAUGGUAGCAUAUGCCCUGUGUUUGCUGGCUCUUACUUUCAGUUCCAUUCUCAUGUUUAUUCCGACAUUCCGAACACCACUUUUUAUCACCCAAAUAUGUUCAGGUGUUGCGUUGGUGGUCAGCUGUGUCCAAUACAUCAUCAACAUAAAUAGUGAAGCCGAUGUGCACUUACACUUCAGGGCUGCCUUCAUCAUUAGUGUUGUCGUCGCUGUCACUUUCAUAUGCCUCUAUUUGGUAGUUGUAACAGAAUGCCAGCAGAUUCACCCAGACUCGGACAGCAGUAUGACAGAACCUCUCAUACCACGGUCAAAUGAAAGAGUUGAGGACUGGUCUUGGAGAAAGCUGUUUAUUUUGUGGAAGGAGAGGUUGAAUCAUAGGAAAUCUCGAAUGGAAGCUCGAAAUUCUGUGAACGAAACAGAGUGUGACGUAUGCAUGAUGAAUCCAAAGGACACCCGACUUCAUCCUUGUGGUCAUACCUGCUGCAGAGUGUGUGCAGAACAACAGCAACGAUGCCACAUGUGCAGAGGAGAGAUAGAAGAUCGACAUAUUUUUUACCUAUGAAAGAUAAAAACAUGAAGAUAAAGAUGUUGUCACUAUAACCAAUGUAUCGGGGCCAUCAGUAGGGUAUGGGGGAUGGGGACAGUUAUGAACCUGCACUGUCUAACCCAUGUCAACAUACCCCCCACCCUCCCUGGGAAACAUCACAUUAAAAUACUGUUUUCUAUCCUUAAUUCUAAAAGUUACACUCUGCAGGCACUGUAGAGUCAACAUCCUUAACAUCCUAGAGAAAUAUUUCAACUUGUAAUUUAUGUAAAAUUGAGUGUUUAAAUAAGAAAUGAUAUGUUUUUAGCAUGCAUGCUGAAUGCCAAGCAUUUUGCAAGACUGCUACUUCUAUCAUUAUUGUUCUCUCCUAAUAUUGGCUUCAGCAAGAUAAAAGUUAUCAAUUUAAUAUCUGGAAACAGAUUCCAUCAUUUUUUUCUUUAAAUUUUUUUCUUAGUUCACAAUCAUCAGAGUGUGGACUAUUCAAAUUGUCCUAUGUUCAUAUCCGUCGUCAUCAGUAAUUCUUGUGUACACAGUAUUACCUGAGAAGAUCUGGAUGGAUCCCUAUAGAAUUUGCAUGAAUGACCCCUUGGUACCUAGUUAUGACUUUUGAUUUUUGGAACUGGACAGGAAAACAAAAUAGCCAGCGGGCGACCAUCUUGGAUUUGGCAGUUAAAAAUAGCUCAAAAUUCAUAUAAAUAACACAAAAAAGGGUCAGAAAAGAAGGGGAAAGAUCUAACUUUUAAAGAAACAAAUGAAGAUCAAAUGAUGGAGGGUGCCAAGAUCCCUCUAGGACCUCUUGUUCCUUUAGGGGUUAAUAGUUAUAGAUUAGUAGCCAUUCUUUAUCAUGAUUGGUCAAUUAUUUAUGCAUUUUUAAGUGGUGCUACCAUUGUUCAUUAUGGCAAAAUGCUUCCAGAGUUGGUACUGCCAUCUUUCAUCAUGGCAGAAUACGCCUCUCAAAAGAUGGUGCUCUCAACCUUUACCAUUGACUGUGAACUAGAAAUUAGGUUUGUUAUAACAAUAUCAUAAGUGUUAUAUGUCAACAACAUCGAAGUAGUAAGACCAAGGUUAUGGUCUCGCAAACCUGUUUGACUUCACAAAUAGACACUUAAAGUUCUCUUAAACCUAGAAAACAUUGGAGAAAAUUACAAAAAAAUUUUGCUACCUAUCGUUAAGUGCGAAGACGACGCAUUCCGAUGAUCGGCCCUGGGAUACUUUAUGGACAGGAUAACAUGUUUAAUUAACAUUACAUCCAUGACUACACUUCAGAAUCAGACUCGUACGAUACCAAAUGAGAGAUAUACCAGUAUUGUGUCAUUCAUUUUCUUUAAAAAAACCAUCAAUACCAUAGAUGAGUGUCCCUAUGACUGUGAAAUGUUUGCUUUUUUGGUGAAUGAGAGCUAAAAGUUAUUUACAUAAAAAUAUAUAUACAUGAACAGCUUGAAUUACUAUAGUGCAAUUUGUUAUCUUAUCUGUUUGUUAAAUUUUUUGUUUUGCCUCAUAAAUUUAAUCAUGUGGAUUGGCACAAAUUAAAUCAACUUAUUGAGCCCCCCCCCCCCCCCCCCCCCC